CCUCUGAGCCAUUUAAACUUUAAAGAUCCUCUGGAGGAGGUUGUGAGUGUGUGAGAGUCGCCCCUUCAGUCUCUCUUUUGGUCACUUCUCCAGAAGACCUGGUGGUUUGAAAAAAGCAGACAGUCUCUUAAGUUCUUCCAAGUUUUCCAGAAAUCCUGAGGCCUUUUAUUUGAGUCACAAUGGGAGCGUUUAUCGCCAAGAUGUUGCUGCCCACCAUCAGCAGUUUGGUGUUCCUGCCUGCAGCCAGUGUUGCUGCCAAGAGGGGUUUCCACAUGGAGGCCAUGGUCUAUUUCUUCACAAUGUUCUUUGUGGCGAUUUACCAUGCAUGUGAUGGUCCAGGCUUGUCCAUUCUCUGUUUCAUGAAGUAUGAGAUCCUGGAGUACUUCAGCGUGUAUGGCACAGCUAUCUCCAUGUGGGUCACGCUACUAGCACUGGGAGAUUUCGAUGAACCCAAGAGGUCUUCGCUCACCAUGUUUGGGGUGUUGACAUCGGCUGUGAGAAUCUACCAGGACCGCUUAGGCUACGGCAUCUACUCCGGCCCCAUUGGAACAGCUGUCUUUAUGAUAACAGUCAAAUGGUUACAAAAAAUGAAGGAAAAAAAAGGUCUUUAUCCAGACAAAAGUGUUUACACUCAACAAGUGGGGCCAGGGUUUUGCUUCGGUGCUCUUGCUUUGAUGCUUCGCUUCUAUUUCGAGGAGUGGGACUACGCUUAUGUCCACAGUUUCUACCAUGUGUCACUGGCUGUGUCCUUCAUUCUGCUGCUCCCCAAGAAGAACCGUUAUGCCGGGACGGGACGUAACGCAGCCAAACUCAAAUGCUACACCCUCUGUUGCUGUGUAUGAUGCAUCUUUUUAUCUGAGCGAAGCUGUAGAGCCUCAGAUGAAGGAAAAAGCACGGACUAUCUGGACUACUCCUCAAAAACCCUGGAUGCGGACCUGUGGUCCUGGCCUGCCAUUACACAAAUCCCGGCCACGCACCAUGUAAUGCAAGAAACUGUGUCUGUUAACAGCACUCUGAAAGUGACAACAGUUAUACGACCUCCCAGCAGGCCAAGUAUGCCUUGGACAACUUAUUUGCAGGGAUAGCAUGAUGCCCGAUUGAUUUUUAAAGACGCAUGGCAAGAUAAGGAUUGUGACAGCGAAGAAUCUCCAUCACAAGAAGAGUUCAUUUGAAAAGAAAAGAGAAAUAACCAAGACUGGAUUUGAUUCAUCAAACCCAGCUGGAAGGUUUAUGAGUCACAAAAAAUCAGCAGACGUAUUAUCUAUCCAAAAUGAAUAAACUGUCUUUCAAAGAUUCCUCAGUAGGGACCACUUGUCUAUGUCCAUUUAAGAGACUGUAAAAGAGGCCAUUUAAUUCUUUAUAUUCGUCUGUUUGUGCCAGACAGGUCAGACAUCAUCUGGGUACAACUAAACUCUACACUAAACCUACAAAGAAGCAAACAAACGGUUCGAUUUAGCUGCGGAUUGAGGGAGGAUACAUUUUGGGGUUUUUAUGUAAAUAAAUAUAUUUAUUUAUUACACUUUAAUUGUAUGUAUCAAAUGUCAUUUUUAAUUUUUAAAUAAAAUAUUGUUUUCAGGA